GUGAUGCGUGUAGGGAAUUUUUACUUGGACUAGUUGGUUGGAUUUUGGGCUGUCACUGUUCUUUCAUGCUAAGGCGCCAUGGCCGCCGAUCAAGAGCAAUUUUAUCAAAUAUUGACAACCUUUUUGUCCGCGGAUAAUGCCAUCCGGACGCAGGCUGAGGAGGCAUACAAUAAUUUGUCGAUUGAAACGAAAGUCAGCCACUUAAUUGGGGCCAUCCACAAUGCCAAUCUGGGAGACGAAGCCCGGCAAAUGGGUGCCGUGCUGCUGCGGCGUCUGUUGGCCAGCGAAUUCACCAAUUUCUAUCCGAAACUGCCGGCGGAGAGCCAAAAGGCGCUGAGGGACCAAGUGUUGUUGGCAGUGCAACAGGCCCAGGGCAAUAUCACCCUCCGUCACAAGUUCUGCGAGGUCGCCGCCGAAGUAGCCAGAAAUCUCAUCGACGACGAUGGCAACAAUCAGUGGCCCGAAUUUUUGCAGUUUUUGUUCCACUGCGCGAAUGACCCAAGUCCAGUUCUGAAAGAAGCAGCCCUCCAAAUGUUCACAAGCGUGCCAGGAGUGUUUGGCAACCAACAAAAUAACUACCUAGACCUUAUCAAGCAGAUGUUGUUGCAAAGUCUGCAAACCACAGAGGCCUAUGAGGUUCGUUUCCAAGCUGUCCGUGCCGUUGGCGCCUUUAUCUUGAUCAACGACAAGGAGCCACAAAUCCUGAAGCACUUUUCGGAUUUGUUGACUCCCAUGUUAUUGGUUAUUGGAGAAAGUGUCCAACAGCAGGAGGACGACACAUUGCUAAAGGUCUUGAUCGAACUGUCAGAGAACACACCAAAAUAUCUCAGACCGCAGCUGGUCAACAUUUACGAAAUGUGCAUGAAGAUCUGUAGUAAUGAUGAGGCCCUGGAUAGCUUCCGCCAACUAGCUCUCGAGGUGAUGGUCACACUCGCCGAAAUGGCUCCGGCAAUGGUGCGCAAAAACGUGGGCAAAUACAUGGAGCAGCUGGUGCCCCGCAUCCUCCACUUCAUGGCGGACCUGGAGGACGACGACGACUGGGCCAAGAGCGACGACCUGCUCGACGAGGACAACGACUGCAACAGCGUGGUGGCCGAGGCGGCCCUCGACCGUCUGGCUUGCGGUCUCGGCGGCAAGAUCAUCCUGCCCCUGGUCACGGCCAACGUGCCACAGAUGUUGGCCAGCCACGACUGGAAGCAGCGCCACGCCGCCCUCAUGGCCCUCAGCGCCAUCGGAGAGGGUUGUCACAAGCAGAUGGAGACCAUCCUGCCUGAAAUCAUGGACGGCGGCGUCCUACGCUUCCUCCAAGACCCGCAUCCCCGUGUCCGGUUUGCCGCCUGCAACGCCAUCGGUCAAAUGGCCACCGACUUCGCACCCGUCUUCGAGAAGAAGUUCCACGACAAAGUCGUGCCCGGUCUGCUGAUGCUGCUGGACGACAACGACAAUCCGAGGGUGCAGGCGCACGCCGGCGCCGCGCUCGUCAACUUCGCCGAAGACUGCCCCAAGCACAUCCUGUCCGGGUAUCUGGACGCUCUCAUGGGCAAGCUGCAGGGCAUCCUGACCGCCAAAUUCGAAGAACUGGUAGAGAAGGGCACCAAACUCGUUUUGGAACAGGUCGUUACCACCAUCGCCAGCGUUGCUGACACUGCUGAGAACGAGUUCAUCGCUUACUACGACCGUCUCAUGCCUUGUCUGAAGUUCAUCAUUCAGAACGCCAACAAGGAGGAUUUGAAGUUGCUCAGAGGAAAGACCAUUGAAUGCGUAACGCUGAUCGGUAUGGCUGUGGGUACUGAGAAAUUCAUGGCCGACGCCACCGAAGUCAUGGACAUGCUGCUGAAGACACACGAGGUCGGAGCUGAAUUGCCCGACGACGAUCCGCAAACCAGCUACCUAAUUUCGGCUUGGAGCAGAAUUUGCAAGGUUUUGGGCAAAAACUUUGUGCAAUAUUUGCCUGUUGUGAUGGGACCAGUAAUGCGAACAGCCGCAAUGAAGCCAGACGUAGCUCUUCUGGAUAACGACGACAUGAACGGAAUAGAAGAUGAAGACAACUGGCAGUUUGUUUCCAUUGGUGAACAAAAGAACUUUGGCAUCAGAACUGCAGGCUUGGAGGACAAAGCAGCAGCGUGUAUGAUGCUGGUAUGCUAUGCACAAGAACUUAAGGAAGGUUUCGCCAACUAUGCCGAGGAGACCGUGAAGUUGAUGGUUCCCAUGUUGAAAUUCUACUUUCACGACACCGUCAGAAAUGAGGCCGCUAAAUCUCUGCCUUACCUUUUGGAGUGUUCGACCUGCAAAGGUCCCGCUUUCGUUGGCGAUAUGUGGAGAUUCAUUUGUCCCGAAUUACUUAAGGCCAUCGACGGCGAACCUGAAACCGACGUCCUGAUGACCAUGCUGGACUCCCUGGCCAAGUGCAUCCAACAGCUGGGACCCACCUACAUCGACCAAGAAUCGCUGGCCGAGAUCCUGCGCAUCGUGGACAAAAUGAUGCAGGCCCACUUCGAAAAGGCGAACGACAGACACAACAAACACCUGGACGAGGACUACGACGAGGAGGUACAGGAACAGCUGGAAGAUGAGGAGUCCGACGACAUCUAUAUUCUCGCUAAAAUAGCGGACGUUCUGCACUCCUUGUUCAUGACCUACCGAGAGAAUUUCCUGCCUUAUUUCGACCGCAUCUUGAACCACUUCGUCAUGCUUCUACAACCCAACCGCAACUGGGCCGACCAUCAAUGGGGUAUCUGCGUUUUUGAUGACGUUAUCGAAUUCACCGGUCCUGCUUGCGCGAAGUACCAGCAGUUCUUCCUCGAGCCGUUCCAGCUGUACUUGAAGGACAAGAGCUGCGAGGUUCGCCAGGCGGUGGCGUACGGAUGGGGCGUGCUGGCUCAGUUCGGUGGCGAACAGUUCGCCCCCGUGCUGGCCAAGAUCAUGCCUUCCCUAAUCGAAGUGAUAAUGGCGAAGGGUUCGCGCGAGCCCAGGAACGUCAACGCCACAGAGAACGCCAUUUCCGCAGUCACCAAGGUUAUGAAAUACAAUGCGUCCGCCAUCAACUUGACUGAGAUCCUGCCCCUGUGGUUCAGCUGGUUGCCCGUUGUGGAAGACGUGGACGAGGCGCCGCACGUUUACGGGUACAUGUGCGAUUUGAUAGAGGCUAACAAUCAACAAGUAUUAGGUGCUAAUAACGAAAAUGUCCCAAGGAUAAUUCACAUUAUAGCUGAAGCUUUCUAUCAGGACGCGAUAGACUCGUCGAAGCAGGAAGGUUUUAGGAUGCUCAGUAUAGUUAGGCACAUUCAAUCCAACGAAACGUUUUUCCAAAACGCCGUGCAAGCUUUACCUGCAGAGCUGCAGCAAUCACUGCAUGUUGCUUUACACACAGGCGCGAAAAAUUAACACUGUGGGAUUUGUUUGUUUCCGAUACAUUUAUAACAUAAAUUUUAAGUUAUAGCAUAUAUAUCAUUAUUUUUUAUAUGUAUGGACAUAACUUGGAGUUGUCUCGAGUAGUGCUACAAACCAUUUUUAGAAAUUUUCCGAAAUUUUGGUCCGAUUUGAAGGACACUGCAGCACAUAGGAAAAUUAAGUUUAUUCAUUUUUUAUUAAAGUAUUUAUAACUACAUUAUUUUUAAUUAAUUUAUUAUGAAUGUUUUUAGCUCUAUUCUUGAAUCCAUAUAUAACUUCUUGACCCUCCAGUAAGUUUGAUGAAUUUAUGAGAGUUAGUUGUGUAUUCACAAAGACAUUGAGUAUAUUGUUGUUUUAAGUUUCAGUUAAAUUUAAAAUAUACAAAACAAUUGAAAAAAAUUUACAAACUAUAUUUUAUUGUUCACUUCUGGUGGAUUGAGUUGUAUUUACCUACACCUAUUAGGUAUAUUUAUAAUUGUGACUGUAAAUAAUUUUCUCGUGACACUGGACUGUAUGUGAUACUCUUUAUUUGAUUCGGAGUUCGUUCAUAAUAAAAAUAUUUUUGUCUACAAGUUUUUUGAUCGUUAGUGUUCUAAAAUUUAUUCACUGACAUGUUAUAUCAACAAUAAUAAAUUGAUUUUUCUCUA